AGCGCGACGUGCGCACAAGGUCAUUCACGCGCUGUGCGGCGGUCUGCUUCUUCUGCGUCCGACGGCGUGGACGCGCUGCCUGCCAAAGCAAUUCAGCAGUAACACAUUUUCCCGACAGAUAAACAGCAGAAAACGCAGCAAUGGCCAGAGGAAGUCGUAGUCGUUCAUCACCACCAGCUAGCCACACAGCAGCCUCUCAUGCCCCUGUCCCUGCCCAACCACCCCCAGCCACCCUCGCCCCUGCCCAGCCCAAGCAGCCCGGUCUGAUGGCACAGAUGGCCACCACGGCAGCGGGGGUGGCCGUGGGUUCAGCCGUGGGCCAUGUGGUGGGCAGUGCACUCACGGGAGCCUUCAGUGGGAGCAGCAGCCCGCCUGAGCCAGCCAAGCCGUCCAGCACAGUGCAGCAGGAGCCCCCCCAGCCAGGCCGCCCGAUGCCAGGCCCCUGCCACUUCGAGGUGAGACAGUUCCUGGAUUGUGCCACCACCCAGAGUGACCUGACCCUGUGUGAGGGCUUCAGUGAGGCCCUCAAGCAAUGCAAGUACUCCCACGGGGUGACUUCAUUGGUCUGAUGGAGCUGAGCAGGAGAGCAUAAGAUAAAAUAACAUGAAAUGCUGAGCUACUGUAGACAAGACCUUGGCCAUGCAGAAAACAACCCUUUGCCACACUGUUACCAUCUGUUUUGUUUCAUUUAUGUGGUGUAAAGGGUAAACUGCUGAAUAUGUAAUACUAUGUAUAAGGUUGUAAGAUGAAUGUUAUUUCAGAUGCAAAUAAAUGUUAUUUCAGAUGCAAAUAUAAAAA